AUGUUCUGUAAGCCUCGUAGACACAAAAACCUGUCGAUCCACCGCUACCGCCCUGGUAGCGGUUCGUUCCGGAGGCUUCCGGAUCAGCAAACCUUUUGCAGUCCCUCACUGAACCCCUGCAUAAAUCACCUCUUGUGCCGAUACGACAGAUACCUACUUGAUGUAUUUUUUACGAGUAGGUAUGCAAAUUAUAGCCUUGCCUUAUUCGCAUCUUCCGCUUCGGCGCUUUCGUCGAUUCUCAAGAUGGCUCUUCCCCAAGCCUUAUGCUCCUUUGCAUCCUCCAGUGCUCUGGGUACAGCCUCAAGCCCCAUGUACACCUCCUUGUAG